AUGGCCCGCGAGAGACCGGCGACGACCGAGGACGAGCGACGCAAGACUGCCUACAAAGCUUACUACCAGAAGAACAAGGAGGCGUAUUUGGCUCGGGCGAAGGAUUGGCGCGCAAAGAACAAGGAGAAGGAGGCGGCUCUGAAGAAGGCUCACUACGAGAAGAACAAGGAGGCGUAUUUGGCUCGGAAAAAGGCUCAUUACGAAGCCAACCGCGAGUACAAUCAAGUCUACGACCGAACGGCUCGGUUGAGGAAGAAGGCGAUCGCGGCCGGCGAGGUCCCACCGCCGCUGCCCACGCUCAAGGCAUGGCGAGCCGCUGCCGCGGGUGCGACGAGCGCGUCGACAGCACCAAAGACGGCAGCCAAGCCGCUUGCAACGCCCAUCGUCCGUCGCGCGACGGCGCAGAGCGUCGUGUCGCAUGUGUGGCUGCCGCCGGUCGUGCCGUCGACGCACCCGCUGCCGUGCUGCGAGAAGUGUGCGACGUCCGACGCGGCCAAGACCAACGCCGCGACGCUGACGUCGGAAAACAACACGGCUUACCCGAGCGGGCCGUAUUUGUGCCACUUUUGCGACACGUUUAUGCUCCUGCGCCGCAUCGGCGAGCUGCCACCGCGCCCGAUCCCGCGCACGACGCGCAGCGUCGCCAAGGCCAAGGCCGACGCACCGUACCUCGAAGAGUGGAUCCUUUAGCAGGAAAUGCUGUG